AUGGGAGAAAAUUUCCUUAAUGGAUCGAUUCCAAAAGGGCUUUUCAUUUUGCCUCAUCUAUCACAGAAGCUUUUACUCGAUGGUAACAAGUUUACCGAUAACAUUCCCGACGAAAUAGGCAAACUACAACAACUAUCCAAGAUCGAUUUCAGCCACAACAGUUUAUCCGACAAAAUCGCUCCUAAAAUCAUCCAAUGUAAACUUUUAACAUAUGUCGAUCUCAGCCGUAACCAACUCUUCGACGAAAUCCCAAAAGAAAUCACAGGCAUGCACAUUCUAAAUUACUUAAACGUCUCUCAUAAUCAUCUCAUCAGAAGCAUUCCAACAUCUGCAACGUCAAUACAAAGCUUAACAUUCGUUGAUUUCUCCUACAACAACCUCUCUAGUCUUGUCCCCGGCACCGAUCAGUUCAGUUACUUCAAUUACACUUCAUUUUUAGCUAAUGUCGAUCUCUGUGGACCAUAUUUAGGAGAGGGUGGUGUUGGGUAA